UUUUAUUGUGUAUUUUUUUUACUAGUAAUUGAAAUUAUAUUUGUUGUAUAGUAAAUUUGUUCUGAAAGGCUAAAGCAUGAAUGUGCAUAGAACAACAGGAAGUAAAGAUAUAAACUCUUGUCUGAGGGUGGAUCUUUAUACUUUAAUAACACAUUCAGUCAUUUAAAUUAAAGGAUGUGAUGACCUCUCAAUGAUGUGUGAGAUUUAAGUAUUUAAAAUAUUAUUAUAAAUGGAAGAUGGGCCCUCACAUUUGCUGUUGACCUGUUUGUUUGGCAAAAUAAAAAAUAAUAUUUAGGGACUUUUAUUUUGAAGACGCGAAAAGGAAAAGCAAGCAGCAGUCUGUGUCACAACCUUAUUUCUUACAUAGUGUUUGGUUGAUAAAAAUGCCUUCAACUGCUUUUACAGCACAAUAAACGUGGAAUUGUUUCCAGCGUUUAUAUUUACAUAAACGUUAGCUGAUCAAUUAAACAACACGUUUUUAAUGACUAAAUGUGUUGUGUAAGUUCUUAGAUAACGUUUGUCCGCUAGCAUACAUGCGUGCCUAGAAUCCUGUCGGAUCUACAAUCUACUGUUUUAAAAAACGGUCUCUUUUCUAAUGUCAAUUGAUAACGCUGAAAUGGUUCUCGGGAUACAUCUGUCUGGGGUUUUAAGAUGCGUUGGAUCAAGGUCGGGUGUGAAUUUUCGGCGACUGUUCAACUCUGAUGACAAAGGACGCGUGUCUAUAAGGGUGCUGUAUGAUGGAGAAUGCCCAAUUUGUGUUAAAGAAAUUAGCUUUCUUCAGUUUCUUCAAAGAAAAAGAGCCGACAAAGUAGAUUUUGUAGACGUCUCACUGCCAGAAUAUGACGAGAGCAAAUAUGGAGUCAGUUAUGAGAUGGCAAUGAAGGAAAUGACAGUGAUUGACAAGAAUAACAAGAUUCACCAAGGCGUGCCAGCAUUUACAGUGAUGUACGGUGCGGUGGGUUUGGGUUAUCUUGGCAGAUUCCUGUCUCUCCCACUGAUCAGGCCUGUAAUGGAUCGAGCCUAUGGGGUGUUUGCACGAAACAGACUGAAGUGGACGGGCAGAGAGAAAUGCACCACUGGACGCUGUGUUAAAAAAGAGACAUAAGGGUCGGAGGACUUUGCAAUGGCCUUCACACUGUGUAUGCAUUGUUAGCAACAAUUAUUAAAGGGGUAGUUCACCCAAAAUGUAA